AUGUAUAAUUAUGCAGAAAAUCAAAUACAAACUCCACAACUAUUGAAUGUAGUUCCUGUGGUAGAAAAUAUUGAUUCCAUACCUUCAACACCUAAUUUAUCAGUUGAAACAAGAAAACAGGUAUCUGCUAAUGCAUCUGUCUUAUAUGUUUCUCGAUUAGAAACUUUAUCGACUACUAGUGAUAACUAUGAUUCAAAUUUUCAAAGCAAUUCUUUAGAACAGUUGAGUAUAACAACGCCAGUGACUACGACAAUAAUGACAACAAUAACAACGGCAAUCACAACUAUAUCAACGACAUCAACAACACCAACAACAACAUCAACAACAUCAACGACAUCAACAACAUCAACAACAACGACAACAUCAACAACAUCAACAACAACAUCAACAACAGCAACAACAUCAACAACAUCAACGACAUCAACAACAUCAACAACAACGACAACAUCAACAACAUCAACAACAACAUCAACAACAUCAACAACAUCAACAACAACAUCAACAACAACAACGACAUCAACAACAACAACAACAUCAACAAAAACAACAUCAACAACAACAACAUCAACAAAAACAACAUCAACAACAACUACAACAACGACAACGAAAACUACAACAACAACAACUACAACAUCAACGACAUCAACAACAACGUCAACAAAAACAACAUCAACGACAUCAACAACAACAACAUCAAUGACAUCAACAACAACAACAUCAACAAAAACAACAUCAACGACAUCAACGACGACUACAACAAUGACAACGAAAACUACAACAACAACAACUUCAACUACUACCACAUCGACAGCAACAAUUACUUCCAAUACAUGUACUUCUGGAUGGAAAGAUGUUACUGUGCUUUAUCAUUGUGACAAUUGUCCAGAUAUAGUACCAUAUAAACAAUACACAUAUACUUAUACAGCUAUUUCAAAUCGAACUCGUAUUGCAUUCGCUUUUCGUGAAGAUCAAGGUUGUUUUGCACUUGAUGCUGUAUCUGUACGACGGAUAACAGCGCCGACUAUUGAAUUGAUUGCAAAUAAUGAUUUUGAAACUGGUACAUUAUCAUCAUGGAUUUAUUGUAAUCCAAAUAGUGCAUCAAGUGCUGGUGAAGUUAUAAAAAACUCAGAUAAUUUUAACUGUCUAGGCUAUAUAUACCAAGCUAAAUCAGGUAGUUAUUUUUAUUAUGAUGGAGCAAUUGGAAAUUGUGAUUAUUUAAUUCAAACGUUUUCAACAAUUGUUGGUCAAACAUAUAAUAUUUCAUAUUGGUUAUACAAUCGAGGCUAUGCUUCAGCGAGUAGUGCUGAUAUUAUAAUUAGUAUUUAG